GAGUUGAGCCAACUAAAAAGAUAUAAAGAGCAUCAUAUCAUACAUAGCAAUAAAAGAAAGAUGCAAGGACAGUGGAUAGCGGCAAGAGACCUUACAAUUACAUGGGUGAACAAUCCUCAGUUCUGGACAUGGAAAACUGUUGAUCCUAAUAUUGAAGUGGCGGAGCUUCGUAGCGUAAAUUGGCUUGACAUUUAUGGAAAGAUAGAGACAAAAAAUCUUAUUCAAACGACUAGUUAUGCAGUAUAUUUAGUGUUCAAGUUAACAGAUAACCCUCGUGGACUUGAACGAUCCAUUGCAUCGCUAAGAUUUGUGAAGGAGGUGGCAAAGGACGCAGGCAUUGAGGGUACCACUGUUUUCAUCUCGAAGAAAAAGGAAUUACCAGGAGAACUUGGCCGGUUUCCACAUCUUCGAAGCGAUGGCUGGUUAGAAAUCAAGCUUGGUGAGUUUUUCAACAACUUAGGAGAGGAUGGUGAAGUCGAAAUGAGGUUGAUGGAAAUCAAUAACGCCACUUCGAAAUCUGGCAUCAUUGUUAAGGGCUUCGACAUUCGUCCAAAUUAAUUGGAUAGAUCUCUAGCCUUUCUAUUCUGCAUGUUGUUGUGUUUGUCUUUUCAGAUUUUCUAAUAAAAUCUCUCUCUAUGAUAAGAGUGAGCGUGUUGUAAGUGUAUGUGAUCUUAUAUAUGAUCUAUCCUUUUUACUAGUUA